AUGAAGCUCUUUCUGCCUCUUCUGUUGGUUGCCAUCGCUGGCAUGGAGUUUGCCCAAACGUUGAAGUGUUACACCUGCCAUGAACCUACAUCAUCCGAGAAGUGCAUGAAGAUCCAGAAGUGUGGUAAGAAUGAAACCAUGUGCAAGACAACCAUGUAUUCCUUGGAGGAAGUUUAUCCUUUUGUGGGACUCUCAACUGUCACCAAGAUGUGCUCUUCGGUCUGCAGCCCAUCUGAUGUGGAUGGGAUUGGCAUGACGCGCCCCGUCUCCUGCUGUUACUCCAACCUGUGCAACAUUGAUGGUGCAGCUAGUUUGAGAAUCAGCUUUGUGCCAGUUGGGAUGUUAGCAAGCGCUGUAUGUGGUCUCUUCUGGUCUAGAUUGUGA